UUAUCUUGCUGCAAAACAACUUCAUAGCCAUUUAGCGUGCGAUUCUGACACGGACAUGAAAAUAAUACAAUCAAAGAUAAGAUAUACGUCAUUGACAGUGUAUCACAUCUCUGCCCGCUGUGUGGUUAUGGAGGUGUAAUUGUUUGGGCCGUCAACUUCAUAUAUUUAAUAAUGAGUGGUGGUGACGCAGACGGGAUGCAGCGUAGAUGGAGUCAUUUGAGAAAAGUGUUGGAGAGGUCGGGGCCUUUUUGCCACCCCGAUUUCGAACCGUCAUCGGAAACAUUAAAUUUUUUAAUGAGUACAUGCAAGAUAUUGGUUAUAGGUGCCGGCGGAUUAGGUUGUGAAUUACUGAAAGACUUGGCUCUUAUGGGAUUUAAAGACAUACACGUAAUAGAUAUGGACACAAUUGAACUUUCUAACCUUAACAGACAGUUUCUGUUCCGAAGAAAAGAUAUAGGAAAAUCGAAGGCAGAAGUUGCUGCAGACUUCAUAAACAACCGGAUCCCCGGUUGCCGUGUGACGCCACAUUUCUGUAAGAUUCAAGAUUUUGACGAAUCGUUUUAUAGAUCGUUUCAUUUAGUUGUAUGUGGCCUCGAUUCAAUAGUCGCCCGUCGGUGGAUAAAUGGUAUGUUGAUAUCAUUGCUUCAGUAUGAGGACGGGGAGUUAGAUCGAACAUCAAUUGUGCCAAUGGUUGACGGUGGCACAGAAGGUUUUAAGGGCAAUGCUAGAGUGAUAUUACCCGGUGUCACCGCUUGCAUCGAAUGCACUCUGGAUCUCUUUCCCCCACAAGUGACAUACCCACUUUGUACAAUUGCUAACACACCGCGUCUGCCAGAGCAUUGUAUUGAAUAUGUGAAGGUGAUCCAGUGGCCGCGAGAGUCCCCGUGGUGUGAUGUUCCAAUUGAUGGGGAUGACCCAGCGCAUAUUGGAUGGAUUUGUGAGAAAGCAUCAGAGCGUGCUACACAGUUUGGCAUAAUGGGUGUUACAUAUCGCCUUGUCCAGGGUGUUGUGAAGAACAUAAUACCUGCAGUGGCAUCUACGAAUGCUGUGGUGGCUGCGGCAUGUGCCACAGAAGCCUUCAAGCUGGCUACGAGCUGUUGUGUUCCCAUGGACAACUACAUGGUGUUUAACGAUGCCGAUGGCAUUUACACGUAUACGUAUGAGGCGGAGAAGAAAGAAGAUUGCCUCGCUUGUAGUCAAGUGCCCAGAGUUAUUGAUAUUGAGGGUCCAGACGUAAAACUGGAAGGCCUCAUUACAAUACUCCGCGACGACCCAGCCUUACAGAUGAAAAAUCCUGGCCUGACAGCUAUGGUUGACGGGAAGAACCGAACACUGUACAUGCCAACUGUCGCCAGCAUUGAGGAGAAGACACGAGUGAACCUUACAAAGACACUUGGGGAACUUGGUUUGGAGAACGGUCAUGAGGUAGCAGUAGCUGACUCCACUACACCUGUUACUGUGGUGCUGAGGUUGAGAUAUAACGGAGCAGAUGGAGAUGUGGAGAUGAAGUAGGCAUUUCACUGCCUACCUGUUUUAUUUAUGAAGUAUCAGUGAACCACCUUUGUUAUAUAGUGCAGAAGCCUUUGUAUAAACUAAAUUAUUCUCGUGAAGAAGACGAUGACAGCAGUGCCUGUGUGUAUAAUUCAGUCGGGAACAGCUGUGGUUGCUGCAGGUCGGCUGUAUGUAGCAGAGUGCAAUUUUUUUUGUUUGUUCCCUUCUGGAAGGAGUUUCUGAUAAUGUGUCUUGUAUUCUUUACUAAAUAGAAAUUUUGUAAUAUAUGUUACACCUAAAAUUUUAUAACCAAUGAAUAAUAAAACACUGGAGAACAUUGAAAUUAAGGUCAUUAAUGAUUUUGUAAAUAUGUUGAAAUGAUGGGAGCAUGUUUUAAAAAAUCAGUCAAAUGUUUUAUGAAAUGAUUUGUCUAAAGUAAGAAAUGAAGUAGAUUACAUAUGCAUAUGACACAGCAGACUUGCUGUGCAUUAUUUUGUGCAUAAUUCAAAGGCACAUUAAACGCUGCUCUAAUCUGUUUUUAUUUCUUUCUUUUAGGCAAAUCAUUUCAUAACAGACUGAUUUUCUUUCAGUUUUUAAGUUUUGCUCAGAAAGCAUGAUCUUAUUGACACUUCAGUUGCUUUUCUAAGGUCUUGUGUUCUCAAAAUGCCCUAAAUUUAGUACCCAUUUUCAAUAUGUUGUUCUACAAGUAAAACUAAAGAAAAAGUUCAUAUAAACAUAGGUCAGCAAAUAUUUAGUUAUGAAGUUACGGCUAGUAAGAUUUUGCCUAAAAUUUAGCAACUUCGCUAGUAUGAAGCCAUUAUAAAACUGUAUGAGGUUAAAGUAAAGCACGAUUUCCAUUUUUUGUUCUUGUUGAUCUGGUGAAUCUAAUAAAACAUGUCCCACA